AUGCACAUAUCUCCACCAGGCAGCCGCAAACAGCCGCCAAGCGUCGGGUUGAGCACUGGCCCACAAGUAAGGAAGUCUAUUAGCUUUAUUAGGAAUGUAAAAGGAACUCAAACAAAAGGAUAUGCUGGUGCAAACCAAAGCAGAAUGUCAAAAACCAUGAUGAUUCUACCAGAAAUGAAAAUAGAAAAAAUGAAUAUUUCCUCCCCCAGGACAGUCACACAAGUGAUUGAUAUAAAUGGAGUAGAUGUGACUCCCCGACCUCUUUACCAUCCAGAUCCAUAUACGGUUACAGCAAAGCCAAAUAAAAUACUGACAUCACAAGAAGGAUCGCUUGGAUCAGAAUUUAUAUCUUCUUAUAGCCUUUAUCAGAAUACAAUAAAUCCUAGUUUAUUAGGACAGUUUACAAGGUCAGCUUUAGGAAGCAGUACUGUUUCUAAGUCAAGUGUAUCAACAACUGAAUCAAUAGCAGAAGACCUAGAAGAACCAUCCUAUAAACGAGAAAGAUUGGCUAGUUAUACAGAUUUACGAGUUGUGAGGACAAUACUUGAAAAAAUUGUAACAAAAGAAGACUUGGAGAAGAAUAUAGAGAUAAUACUCACAGAGACAGAAACACUGAGAUUUUUUGACCUGCCAACAGUCAUGGUCUCCCUGGAAUCUGAAGAAGCUGAGAGAGUAAACCAGAGAAACAGGAAUUAUGAAAUUCUUUGUAAAAAUAGAGCAGGCAAUGAUUUAUAUGUUGAAAGGAUGAUGCAGACUAUUAAUGGCGCACCAAAGACGAAAGAAGUUCAAUGUGACAAAGUCAUAAUGGAGGACAAAGGCAUAAUGUCCACUGCUUGGGAUUUGUAUGACUCUUAUAAUGCUAUGGAACUUUCAUCUUCAUCAGUAAAACGAUCUACAAUUGAAUCUUGUAAGGCAAAUGUACCGUCUAAAGAACGGGACCAAAGAGUACCAGGGAGUACUACAGAAAAAAAUAGUGAAGCGAGUUCUCUAAUGGAUAUUGAAAAUGUAAUUCUUGCUAAAAUCCAUGAAGAUGAAGAAGACCGCUCAGAUGCAAUAUUAAAAUCUGACAAGUUUCAUCAAGACUUAUUUUUUAUGGAACGGGUUUUAAUGGAAAAUAUAUUUCAGUCCAAACUUGCAGCUUAUCGUCAGCUUCGUGUUUUAAAAGAACCUGAACCUGAAGAACCUGAAGACUUGUUACCAGGUGAAGAACUUGAAGAGGUAGAGGAGGAAGUUAAGAAGGAUGAAGAAGAAGAAAUCGAAAUAGGUGCAGAACAAUCAACAAUUCCAGCCAAUCUGGAAAGACUUUGGUCAUUUUCCUGCGACUUAACCAAAGGUCUAAAUGUGAGCAGCCUUGCCUGGAAUAAAGCAAACCCAGACCUUGUGGCUGUUGGCUAUGGGCACUUUGGAUUUAAAGAGCAAAAAAGAGGAUUGGCUUGCUGCUGGUCUCUAAAAAAUCCCAUGUGGCCAGAACGUAUAUAUCAGAGUCUACAUGGAGUUACUGCUGUGGAUUUUUCUGUUGGAUCACCUCACCUUUUAGCAGUUGCUUAUUACAAUGGCUCAAUUGCAAUUUAUAAUGUACAGAGCAACAGUACCGUUCCAGUUCUGGAUAGUAGUGAAUCUCCUCAAAAACAUUUGGGACCUAUAUGGCAACUACAGUGGAUAGAACAAGACAGAGGAACAACGGGUGAUGACAAAAGAGAAAUACUAGUUUCAAUAUCAGCAGAUGGAAGAAUCUCCAAAUGGGUUAUACGGAAAGGACUGGACUGUCAUGAUUUGAUGAAAUUGAGGCGAACUACUACUAGCUCCAACAAAAAAGGAGGGGAAAUGGAAAAGAAAGGUGAAGCUUUGAUAUCUCGACAGGCUCCUGGAUUGUGUUUCGCUUUUCAUCCCAAGGACACAAAUAUCUAUUUGGCUGGCACUGAAGAAGGUCAUAUUCACAAAUGUUCUUGUUCGUAUAAUGAACAAUACCUAGAUACUUACCGAGGACAUAAGGGUCCAGUGUAUAAAAUAGCAUGGAAUCCAUUUUGUCAUGAUGUAUUCUUAAGUUGUUCUGCAGAUUGGGGUGUUAUUAUAUGGCAACAGGACAAUAUCAAGCCAUUUUUGACAUUGUAUCCAACUACUUAUGUUGUUUAUGAUGUUGUCUGGUCUCCAAAAUCAUCCUAUAUAUUUGCAGCUGCCAAUGAGACCAGGGUGGAGGUUUGGGACCUUCAUAUUAGCACUUUGGACCCUCUGAUUGUGAAUGUUGCUAACCCUGGAAUCAAGUUCACAACUGUUCUCUUCGCCAAACAAACAGAUUGCCUCCUGGUGGGAGACAGUGAUGGACAGGUCUCUGUAUAUGAACUGAGGAAUAUGCCCACUGCCAUAGAAUCUGGACGGGAAGAUGUAAUAUAUACGUUGCUUGGACCCAACUCAAAUCACUCAGGAUAAUUCAUCAUUACUAAUUUUUUGUUGUUGUUUAAAGAAAAGAGAACAGUAUUUAAUACUCAAUAGAGUCUGCAAGCUGGGAUUUUUAUUUUAGAAAACAAUAUUUGUUGUACAUUUUCCAUUUAAAUUUAAUAUAAGUUGAAUGAGCCAUGAUUUCAGAAAUGUAAGGUUAGUUUGUGAUCUAUACU